GAAAAAGAAUUAGUAAAUAGUUUAGCCAAUGAUGAUAAUGAGGAAAUAUACAGUAAUAGCUUAGAUGAUAAUGAAAAAUAUGAAGAAACUAAUUCAUUAUCUGAUAUACCUCUUCAAAAUCCAAAAAAAUAUAAGAUGAAAGGAUGA